ACCGGUCACCACCCCGCUUCGCAGUUCACACUCCCCCUUCUCCUUCCCCCUCCCCUCUUCCUCUUCGCGAAGGUUGCUGCCAUGGCCAUGGACAAGGUGGACGCCAAGGAGAGGGAGAAGAUCGAGGCCGUCCGGAAGUUGCUGCGCAAGCAGGCGCCGCUCUCCGCCAAGCAGGCACAGUACUGCAACGACACGUGCGUUGAGCGGUUCCUGCGGUCGCGGGGGGACAGCGUCAAGAAGGCGGCGAAGCACCUGAGAACCGUCCUGUCAUGGAGGGAGACCGUCGGAGCUGAUCACAUCAUGGCCGACGAGUUCUCCGCCGAGCUCGCCGACGGCGUGGCCUUCGUCGCCGGGCACGACGACGACGGGCGCCCAGUCGUGGUGUUUCGAAUCAAGCAGGACUACCCAAAGUUCCACUCCCAGAAAUCGUUCGUGCGCCUGCUGGUAUUCACGCUGGAGGUGGCCGUCGCGUGCAUGUCCCGCUUCGUGGACCAGUUCGUCCUCCUCUUCGAUGCAAGCUUUUUCCGGUCGGCGUCGGCUUUCCUCAACCUGCUUAUGGGCACGCUCAAGAUCGUCGCCGACUACUACGCCGGCCGCCUCCACCGCGCCUUCGUAAUCGACCCGCCCUCUCUCUUCUCCGUUCUCUGGAAGGGAGUGAGGCCGUUCGUGGAGCUGGCGCCGGCGACGGCGGUGGUGAGUUCGCUGGACUUCGAGGACUCGCUGGAGGACGCGUCGUUCACGGCGUACCCGCGGACGGCGUCGCUGCGGUUCGAGCCGGCAUCGGCGGUCGUGGGGAAGGCGGGCGUGGGCUCGGCCUCGUCCCGGUUCUCCGUCACCCCCACCGACAACCCCAUCAAGCCGUGGUACCUCUCGACCAUCCCGGCGUCGGUGGGCUCGCGCUCCGUGGUGCCGACCUCCAGCAGCCCGUCGCUCGUCGGCGCGUCCCCGCUAUCCGCGCGCUCCUUCUCCUUCGCCUCGCCCGCCGCGCUGCGCUCGACGGCGGCCACGCCGCCUUUCCAGCGCGGCGGCGGCAACGGCGUGCCGCUGACGCCGUCCGCCGCCAACAAGGGCCAGAAGACCCCGCCGCUGCUUCUGCCGCAGCAGCAGUUCCCGCGGACACCGCGGCCGUCAUUCCUGCAGUCACCGUCGAUGCUUUUCGCGUUCCGUAAGGACGGGCAGGCCAGCCGCGGCGAGCGCGAGCGCGAGUCCUUCCUCCCGUUCCUGCGCUUCUACCGACGGCCGUACGACGAGAUAUCCUACCGCGCCAAGAUGCGCCCGCCGCUCGGCGGCCUGAUAUCCAUCGUCGGCGAGAAGUUCAAGCAGAAGCCGGUGCAGCCGCCGCUUCGCCGGCACGCCGGACUCCACCACCAGCAGCCGCAGAGGAUCUGAUCUGGUGCCGCUUGAAUCCAUUCAGGCGAUCAGAGAAUUUUCUCCAUACAACAUAAUCCGAUGCUAUAUUAUGCUAAUAUCAUCUUUUGCCAACCUUUUCUCUCUCCCAGUUCUUAGUGCCUAUGAUAUUCUUGAACCCGUGUAUAAUAACAGCCCUCAAAAUGUGAGUAAAAUCGACCCCUUUCUGCACCCGCCGCUUGCCGAUCUCUCUGUGAUUGAUUGUUGCUUACCUCUCGCAUUGAUCAAUUCAGCAUGUGUUUGGCUCGAACUGAGAUUUUAAAAUACAAAAAACUUUUGACAAUAUCAUACGACAACAAGGGCUUGGACUUGGACUCGUUUCAAACACGGGACAAUGUGUCAAUGCCAUACGACAACAAGAGUCAACGGCCUAUACCACG